AUGGACGAGGAAGAUCAGCUCUUGCUUUGCCAGGACGGAUACGCAUGGGACUUUGUGCUCGUGUUCCCAUCGAUCCAACAGACCGUGACGCCGCCAUCUCCGUUGAGCGACGUCCUUCAUCGACUGCGCUUGCCCAAGAAGAGUUCCAAGACAACUCCCACCAUCGACGAGAUUUGCUACCGGCUCAAGAAAGCAGGGCUGACCCUCAAGCUUGUGUGUCCGUCAGCGUCAACGUGGUCGACCAGCACCGACAUUAUUCUUUGCUUGGUGAGGGGAUCGCGCCAAGUUUUUGCACGCGAAGCAAAUCGCAUCGACUUUCUCAUGCCGAUGGACAAAGAGAAGCUGCGUGACGUUUCGCUCCAUGGAUUCCCCAACUGUGGAAUUGCUCCGUUUCCAAUUGACGAUACGUUGCACGAGUUCAACAUGUCCCCCUACGACUUCAUCUACUUCAAAUACACGGGCCGCGAGGAUAUGCAGUUGCUGUACGCCAAGCAAGGACCGCACUAUGGUCUCUUUACGAGCAGCCAGCGUAUUUUUCUCCUCGAGAGCAUCAUGACAAAUCGACAUGGAGGUGCCGGCCUGAACCUCGACAAAUUGAAGCAUGCGAACGUCCUCUCGACAUAUUUUUCACUCCACGACGCCGCCGAACUCAAGAAUUUGGCCUCCUUGUGGCUUCAUUGGGGGCAAUUUCCAUGGCAGCAACCAUUGCAUGCAAUCCAGCGUUAUUUUGGUUCGCGCAUUGGCCUAUACUUUGCGUUUCUUGGGCACUAUACAACAUGCUUGAUCGCUCCUGGUGCCGUUGGCUUUGUCCUGUGGCUUGUGGAAUUGUCCAAGCGCAUCCCCAAGAACUUUGUCGCGGCCAUCGCAAGCACGUUGAUCGUCAUCUGGGCUACGUUUUUCCUCAAGUCGUGGAAGCGCCAAGCGUCGAGACUUGCGAUGCAGUGGGGAACGUCGACCUUCAGCACGCUGGAGCAAGUUCGUCCGCAGUACGUUGGGCAAAUGGUCCGAAGCCCGGUGACAGGACAGCCGAUGCUAUACUUCAGCAAGAGAGAAAAGAGCCGUCGACGUUGUCUAACCUGGCUGCUUUUGACUGUCCUUAUACUGUUGGUGGCGGCGGUGGUCGCCGCUAUCUUCUAUUUGCAAUUUCACAUGAUGAAGCGGGGAUACUCAAUUCGCGUGGCGAACACGGAAAUUCUCUUGGCCGGCCCUGUCACUUCUCUUGCCAACGUCGUUCAAAUCAACGCGAUGUACUACGUCUACAACACAAUCUGCGAGGCAAUGAAUGAAUUCGAAAACCACCGCACUCAGUCAUCUCAUGAAGGGGCGUUCAUUGUCAAGUCGGUGCUCUUUCACGCCGUCAACAACUUUGCUGGCUUGUUCUACAUCACGUUCGUCAAGACUUACAUCGGAGCGGCAUGUGUUGAAAAUGACUGUUUGGGCGAGCUGCGGCUGUACCUUCUCAUGAUUUUCUGCUUUCAGUUGGCAAAUGGAUUGAUACAAGACUGGGUCGUACCUCAUGCGCGCGUGCUAUUCAGUCAGCAUCGCGCCGGUCGUUCUUCAGUCGCUGUGGCGACGCAAACGUCCGUGGAAGCUCAAUUCUACCUAUUGGACUAUGGCUGGCGCGUGACAUUCAAUGAAUACUUGGGGCUGUCCAUGAAGUUUGGUUUCACCAUCCUCUUCCUUGGUGCAUCUCCUGCCAUGUCGUUGCUCACGCUGCUGAACAACUUGAUCGAACUUCGAUCGGACUCUACGAACCUUGUCAUGAAUCACCGCCGCCCAUUGCCACGCCAGGCAUCUACAUGCGGCCAAUGGAUGUCCGUGCUGGAAUACCUCACAACGCUGUCAAUUUUCACAAACGGGUUCGUCGCUGUAUAUGCGUCCAACGCACUUUUGGACAGUUCAAGUGUGGAUGGUAAAAACUUACAACUUCGCGCAUUCGGAGGCUUUGUUGCCGUGAUGUUGAUCCUUCGCUAUUGCGUGACAACUUGCAUCAAGGACACCCCGCACAAUGUUUCCAUUCAACUGAAGCGACAAGCCUUCUUGGCGACUAAAGUCUACACACGAGAAGCUGACGACGUCGUGCCAGUGUACGAGUCCAUGGGUAGUGUGCGGUUGCUCUUAGUCGACUCUGCAUCUCCCGUUUGAAUGCCCAUCCCAAACCACUUCGUCCGCGCUUCGUC